AUGAAUCAACUUGAAAGAGUCCARCGGAAGUUUUUGAGYUUUSCAGCAUAUCUAUUAAAUAUUGAACAUAGACCUCAUGWUUAUGAUGCAGUAAUARAUARGCUAGGCUUACAGUCUUUGGCCGAUAGACGUAUCACCAUUAACAAGGUCUUCCUAGUCAAACUCAUAAAUGGGUCGAUCGACUGUACAGAACUUCUAUCCAAAGUAAACUUUAAAAUUCCCUGUGUCCAGGUCCGUUCUUCCUAUCCUUUCAGUAUUCCGCUGUGUACGAUAAAUUAUUCACGAAACAAACCACUAAAUAGAAUGAUGCGUAUUGCUAAUGAGGAUCCGUAUUUUAGUUUUUAA